AUGGCUCUAUACCGCGGAAUGGAGCAGCAACGUGAAAUGGCUCUGUACCGCAGUGUGGCAUGGCUCUAUAUCACCUCAUGGCGCAGCAGCGUGGCAUGGCUCCAUACCGAUGCAUGGUGCAGCAACGCGGCAUAUCGCUGCAUGGCGCAGCAAUGUGGAAUGGCUCUACAUCGUCGCAUGGAGCAAUGCGGCAUUGCUCUAUACCGUGGCAUGGAGCAGCAACUAUGCAUGGCUCUAUAUCGCCGCAUGGUGCAGCAAGGUGGUAUGGCUCCAUAUCACUUCAUGGUGCAGCAACGUGACAUGGCUCUAUAUCGCUGCAUGGCGCAGCAAGGUGGCAUGGCUCUAUAUCGCUUUCAUGGUGCAGCAAGGUGGCAUGGCUCUAUAUUGCUGCAUGGUGUAGUUACCUGGUAUAGCCCCAUACCGCGGCAUGGUGCAGGAACGUGGCAUGGCUCCACACUGCUGCAUGGUGCAGUAACGCGACAUGGCUCUAUACCGCCGCAUGGCGCAGCAAAGUGGAAUGGCUCUAUAUCGCUGCAUGGCGCAGCAAUGUGGUAUGGCUCUAUAUCGCCGUAUGGUGCAGAACGUUGUAUGACCCUAUAUCGCGGCAUGGUGCAGUAA